AUGGGCUCUUCUGUCCUGUCUAAACAUGUAGCCGCCGUCAUAAGGUACCAAAAGGACCCUUUAAGGGCUUUGGAGAUGUUCAAUUCCAUUAAAAAGGAAGAUGGCUACCGACACACUUUACAAACUUACAAAUCCAUGGUUGAAAAGCUCAGCAAUUCUGGUGAAUUUGAGGCUAUGGAGAAUCUCAUGGUGGAGAUGAGGGAAAAUCUGGAUAACAGCGUGCUUGAAGGCGUAUACAUUAGUGUCAUGAGGAAUUACGGCAAGAAUAGGAAAAUUCAAGAAGCUGUCGACAUAUUUGAGAGGAUGGAUUUCUACAAUUGCGAGCCCACUGUUUAUUCUUAUAAUGUCAUUAUGAACAUUUUGGUGGAGAAUGGAUAUUUUAAGCAGGCUCACAAAGUUUAUAUGAGACUGAAAGAUAAAAAUAUUGCACCAGAUGUGUAUACAUACACAAUUAGGAUUAAAUCGUUUUGUAGAACAAAUAGGCCUCAUGCUGCUCUGAGGCUUCUGAAGAACAUGCCAGCUCAGGGCUGUGAAUUUAACUCUGUGGCUUACUGUACAGUGAUUGGUGGAUUUUAUGAGGGAGAUUAUAGGGUAGAAGCAUAUGAGUUGUUUGGCCAGAUGCUUGGACUUGGCAUUGUCCCUAAUGUUGCCACAUUCAAUAAGCUGAUACACCCUCUGUGUAAGAGGGGUGAGAUAAGAGAGAGUGAAAUACUAUUGGAUAAGAUUCUCAAGAGGGGUGUGUUACCUAAUUUAUUCACAUUUAACAUUUUCAUUCAAGGCCUUUGCAAGAAAGGCCUUCUCGAUCAUGCUGGCCGGAUGUUGGACAGUGUUACUAAAGAUGGUCUUUGCCCAGAUGUCGUGACGUAUAAUACGCUUAUACGUGGUUUUUGUAAGAACUCGAAAGUGGCCGAGGCCGAGAACUGCAUGAAUAAAAUGGUUAAUAGUGGUUUUGAGCCUGAUGCUUUCACCUACAACACAAUAAUUGAUGGGUACUGCAAACUCAAUCUGGUGCAAAAGGCGAACAAGAUUCUUCUUGAUGCGGUACAUAGAGGGUUUGUGCCGGACGAGUUCACAUACAGCUCCUUACUGUAUGGCUUGUGUGAGAAUGGUGAUAUUGACCAGGCCAUAAGCAUAUUCAAUGAAGCUAAUAGGAAAGGCGUAAAACCUAGUGUUGUUUUGUACAACGGUUUGAUUAAAGGACUCUGCCGGCAGGGGCUCGUAUUAGAAGCCCUUGAGGUGAUGAACGGCAUGGGGCAAAAUGGCUGCUCUCCCAGUAUUUGGACUUAUAAUUUGAUAAUAAAUGGCAUGUGUAAGCUGGGCUGUUUAAAUGAUGCGAGUAUUCUUAUGAAUGGUGCACUGUACAAAGGGUUCCUUCCCGACAUAUUCACAUUUAAUACUUUGAUUGAUGGCUACUGCAAACAGUUGAAGAUGGGCGAGGCACUUGAAAUUGUCGACGUCAUGUGGGAGCAUAAUAUCACUCCGGAUAUAAUCACAUAUAACACUAUAUUGGAUGGGUUAUGCAAGACUUCACAUGCAGAUGACGUUUUUGAAACCUUUAAAUCAAUGAUGAAAAAGGGUUGUGUGCCUAAUGUGAUAACUUAUAAUAUAUUGAUUGAGAGCUUUUGCAAAGCUCGUAAAGUCACGAGAGCUUUGGAAUUUCUCAGUGAGAUUCAGAAAACUGGAUUAUGUCCAGAUAUAGUAACUUUUUGCACGUUGAUUAAUGGAUUUCGUGAGAACAGGAAUAUGGAAGAAGCCUACUCGUUGUUCCGUAAAAUGGAAAAGCACUAUAAACUCCCACCUACAUUGGCGACUUAUAAUAUCCUGAUCAAUGCAUUUUCGGAAAUGGCAAACAUGGAUAUGACAGUAAAGCUAUUUCGUGAAAUGAGUGAAAACGGGUGCCCACCUGAUAACUACACUUACCGAUGUAUGAUAGAUGGGUUUUGCAAGUCUGGAAACACUGACUACGGACACCAUUUUCUUCUUGACUGCAUAUCUGAAGGGUUUGUGCCAUCCCUAGUGACAUUUGGGCGAGUUUUGAAUUGCCUGUGUGUAAAGCACAGACUUCGUGAGGCAGUUGAAAUUGUGUACCAUAUGGUGCACAAGGGAAUUGUACCUGAUGUUGUGAACACGAUCUUUGAAGUAGAUAAGAAAGAAAUUGCGGCCCCCAAGAUAGUUGUGGAGGACUUGUUGAAGAAAUCACAUAUAACUUACUAUGCUUAUGAGAUUUUAUAUGAUGCCAUUAGAGACAAGAAGCUGGAAUUCUGGAAAACCAAGUGCGAGGAUAGCUGUAAUAUUGUGGAGAUUGAGCUGGGACAUAAUGGAUUCUAUCAUAGUGAAGAAACUUAUCAACUGAUCCGUUGUCUCCAGCUGUUGUCAACAGUUACAAGUCUGAAGCUGAGAUCUAGUUCGUGGCCCUGA